AUGGAUACCCCAAGUUCGAGCAAAGGUAGUGAUCAGGUCACUGAGAGGGAUGAGCCUGUACCCGUAGCUACUGGCGAGGGAUCAUCAACUACACAGAUCGAGGCUAAACCGCGACAGACUACGGAUAAGCACUGUAAAGUAAAGAAGUCCAAGAAGGAUAAGGCAGAUAAGAGCUGCAAGUCUAAGAGCAAGAAAACUAAAGAGGCAGUGGAGACGGAGUCUGAGAGCGAAUAUGAUGAAGCCUCGGAUUCGAAUUCUUCUUCUUCUUCCUCUUCUAGUGAACCUGAUGACUCUGAAACCGAGACGGAAAAGGAAAAGAAGAAGAGAAAGGCAAAAUUGAAGGCUAAACAAAAGCUCAAGGCAAAGCGUAAGGCUAAAUCAAAGAAGAGGUCCAAGAAAGAUGAUACUUCGGACUCCGAUUCAAAUUCCGAUUCCGAUUCCGAGGACGAGGAUGAAGAGAGCGAAGAAGAUUCCGGAGAUGCGGAAGCCGAUGAUGAUGCCGAUGAGGAGAUUGAAGUUACCAAUGCACAACUCCAAGCACAAUUGCUGCAACUUCAAGCACAAAUUCAGAGAACCCAAAUAUCACAUCCUCCUCCACAAUUACCACCAGCAUUAUGGAGUCUUCCACCUCCACCCUCUCCACCCAAUGCGCAUCUCCUUGGCUCAAGACGUCAAGCUUUGCGAAGAAGGCUUUUGUUGGAUGAGAGGAGAGAAGGGAAAAGGGGUAGCAAAGAUAAGGGCAAGAAGAAGAGGGGAAGCAAGUUGGAAUACAAAAGAGUAGAUCAAUUAUGGGACAGCACAAUCCAUAACUACAAGCUUACCGAUACUGCAGAGGAUGAAGAGAGUUCGGAAUAUGAUCAAUAUCUCUUCAACGUUCGCCGAACAUUUGACUGGGAGGGAAAAUAUAAGGCAACGGUUGUUGAUAUCAAGAGCAAGCUUUUGAAAGAGGCGCUUAAUGAAGCUAUGGAUGGUGUCAAGGGUGUCAGUUUGGUCGAAGAGACCCCAUGCAUUGAUCCUAAUCUCCUUUUCCUCUACCUCGAGGAUCUCCGGAAAUCUUGUAAGCAAUUGAAAAACAAGAAGGUUACCGAAAAGAAAGGCAAGAAGAAGAUCAAGAAGAGAAAUGAGACCAAGAGAAAACACCUCAAAGUUCUCUUGAAAUAUCUCGAUCGGGACUAUGCUUCCACCAAGAAGACUCUCUAUCCCAUGUUGGAGACUGGAAUCAUUACAUUCGAUCUUCUCUGGGCCUUGUAUAAACCUAAUACAUUGGCUUAUACCACAACUUAUGGAACCGUCGAUGAGCCAAGAGCUUUCAAAAUCGAGUUGGCUGAAAAGAAUGUCAGUUUCAUGAGGGGAUCUUGGUAUAAUAUUGAGGGUAAAUAUUUGGAGUAUGAUGGAAAGACGUGGGGAAUGGGUACCAUGGACUGUGAUGUUCCAGCCUUCAAGGGCGCGAGAAAGAUCACAAGUCUUAAUUGCUAUCCUUUGAAAUAUCACAAGAAUGAAGCCAAACUUCGCACCGAACUGAUUGAGAGAGGUAAGAAAUUUGUGGCAUUACAAGGUGUUCAUUACAAGAGUCACAAGGGAAUGGCAUACUAUAAGAAGCGAAAGGCUAUUGUCAAGGUCAAUAUUGAUGGUAGAGUUAUGGUCGACCCCGCAAUUCAUCGACGCAUCUUGCCGAAUUACAACGUCAGCACCGUCAAGCCCAAUGAUCCAGAUCUUAUUGACGACUCAGAUAUGGAGGAUGAUGACGACUGCGGUUGCUGCGGCGAUGAUAGCUCUGAUGAUGGUCAAGGAGAACGUGUUUUGGAACAGCUAGAGGAAGUCGAUGAACCAAAGAUGAAGUUCAAGGUGUUUCUUGAUGAAAAGGAGAACCCUCAUCUUGUUCAAGUUCCCGUGGAUGAAGAUGGCAACGAAGUCGUGGUUGAGAAAUUGGACGAAGUUUCAACUAAGGUUACGACCAAGUAUAACAAGGAUGGGGCGACACCAGAAGAUGACAAGAAAGCCCUUCCCGUCUUUACGGAUGAGGAGUACUUGAUUGCUUCUCCUGUAGUUCUCGGAUUCGCCUUUGCCGAAAAACUUUGGCUCGAAUUUACAGUUUCGGGGAUCAAAGAUAUCGUUUGGAACGAAGGCGCUUACGAUUCUCUCGUCUUAGAAGAUAAUACCAAAGCCAUCGUUAAAGCCCUUGUCGAAUCUCACAAAUAUCAUCCGGCUGAAAGCAUAGACGAUGUCAUUCAAGGUAAAGGUAAAGGACUUGUGGCCGUUCUUCACGGUCCUCCUGGUACAGGUAAAACUCUUACCGCCGAAGGUAUUUCCGAACUUCUCAAAUGUCCUCUCUACAUGGUUUCAGCCGGAGAACUCGGUACCGAUCCUCGUACUCUCGAAGCAGAGCUUCAGAAAAUUCUCGAUAUUGCUCAUGCGUGGGGUGCUGUCCUCCUUCUCGACGAAGCAGAUGUUUUCUUGGAGAAACGUACGAUUCAGGAUAUUCAUCGUAAUGCUCUGGUUUCUAUUUUCUUGAGACUUUUAGAAUAUUUCCAAGGUAUUCUUUUCUUGACUACAAAUCGGGUUGAGACAUUCGAUGAUGCGUUCCAAUCACGUAUUCAUAUCGCGUUGAGAUAUGGAGAUUUAAGUCCCAAGGCCAAGAAGAGUGUCUUCAAAAUGUUUAUUGAGAGGGUUAGGGUUUUGGAGGGGAUUGAUACAAUGCCGUUCACCGAGGAAGAUUAUAAUGCUUUGGCAAGAAAUAAUUUGAAUGGACGACAGAUCAAAAACACAAUCCGUACAGCUCAAGCCCUCGCCGUCAAUAACCGCGAACCCCUUUCCAUGGAACAUAUCCAACGUGUUUUGGAUGUCUCAAAUGCUUUUGAUAGGGAUUUGAAGGGUGGACCGGGGUUUGAGGAUGCUAUGAGGGGUUACUUUUAA